AUGCCCCCUCCUGCUGAUAUAGUGAAGGUGGCGAUCGAAUGGCCAGGUGCCUUCCCCAAGUUAAUGGAAAUAGAUCAAAAAAAGCCACUGUCCUCAAUAAUAAAAGAAGUCUGCGAUGGGUGGUCUCUUCCAAAUCAUGAUCAAUUUGCACUGCAGCAUGCUGAUAGUUCUAAUUUCUACAUCACAGAGAAGAAUCGUAAUGAAAUAAAAAAUGGAGCGAUCCUUCGGUUAACAACAUCUCCAGCUCAAAAUGCACAGCAGCUCCAUGAGAGGAUCCAGUCUUCGAGUAUGGACGCAAAAUUAGAAGCACUGAAAGACUUAGCCAACUACUCACGGGAUGUUACAUUUGCCCAGGAAUUUAUAAACCUAGACGGCAUUUCCCUCCUAACACAAAUGGUUGAAAGUGGCACAGAACGAUAUCAGAAAUUGCAGAAGAUAAUGAAGCCCUGCUUUGGAGAUAUGUUGUCCUUUACACUGACUGCAUUUGUUGAGCUGAUGGAUCAUGGGAUUGUAUCGUGGGAUACAUUCUCUGUGGCAUUCAUUAAAAAGAUAGCAAGCUAUGUCAACAAAUUUGCCUCGGACAUCUCUAUCUUGCAACGGUCACUAGCGAUCCUGGAAUCGAUGGUGCUCAAUAGCCAUGACCUGUACCAGAAGGUGGCACAGGAGAUCACAAUUGGGCAGCUAAUCCCACAUCUGCAGGGGACAGACCAAGAAAUCCAGACAUACACCAUUGCAGUAAUAAAUGCACUUUUCCUUAAAGCACCAGAUGACAAGAGGCAGGUAAGUUCUUGGAAAACAGUCGACAUCCAUGACUGCCUUCUGACAGAAAUGGCAAACAUUUUGGCACAAAAGCAGCUUCGCUCCAUCAUCUUAACUCAUGUAAUCAGGGCACAGAGGGCCAUCAAUAAUGAAAUGGCACACCAGUUGUAUGUUUUGCAAGUACUUACCUUUAACCUUCUGGAAGACAGGAUGAUGACAAAAAUGGAUCCACAGGAUCAGGCUCAACGGGAUAUCAUAUUUGAACUCCGAAGGAUUGCAUUUGAUGCAGAAUCUGAACCUAACAACAGCAGCGGCAGCAUUGAGAAACGCAAAUCUAUGUAUACUCGAGACUAUAAAAAACUUGGAUUUAUUAAUCAUGUAAACCCAGCAAUGGAUUUUACGCAGACCCCUCCAGGAAUGCUAGCCCUGGACAACAUGCUGUACUUUGCUAAACACCACCAAGAUGCUUAUAUACGGAUUGUCCUGGAGAACAGCAGUCGAGAAGACAAGCAUGAGUGCCCAUUUGGCCGAAGUAGCAUUGAGCUGACAAAGAUGCUGUGCGAAAUACUGAAAGUAGGAGAGCUACCCAGUGAGACCUGCAACGAUUUCCAUCCCAUGUUCUUCACCCAUGACAGAUCGUUUGAGGAGUUCUUCUGUAUCUGCAUUCAGCUCUUGAACAAGACAUGGAAGGAAAUGAGGGCAACUUCAGAGGACUUUAACAAGGUAAUGCAGGUAGUGAAAGAACAGAUAAUGAGAGCACUCACUACCAAGCCUAGCUCUCUGGAUCAGUUCAAGAGCAAACUUCAGAAUCUCAGUUACACAGAAAUACUGAAAAUACGUCAGUCUGAAAGAAUGAACCAGGAAGAUUUCCAGUCUCGUCCGAUUCUGGAACUAAAAGAGAAGAUUCAGCCUGAGAUCUUAGAACUGAUCAAGCAGCAACGUCUCAAUCGACUUGUGGAGGGCACCUGCUUUAGGAAACUCAACAGUAGACGUCGACAAGACAAAUUUUGGUAUUGUCGACUUUCACCUAAUCACAAGGUCUUGCACUACGGAGACUUGGAAGAAAGUCCCCAGGGAGAAGUCCCCCAUGAUUCCUUGCAAGAUAAAUUGCCAGUGGCAGAUAUAAAAGCUGUUGUGACUGGGAAGGACUGCCCUCACAUGAAGGAGAAAGGAGCUCUUAAACAAAACAAGGAGGUGCUAGAACUUGCUUUCUCUAUACUGUAUGACUCGAGUGGCCAGCUAAAUUUCAUUGCUCCAGACAAGCAUGAGUAUUGUGUAUGGACCGACGGGCUGAACGCCCUCCUCGGGAAGGAUAUGUUGAGUGAUCUAACACGGAACGACUUAGACACGCUACUCAGCAUGGAGAUAAAGCUACGCCUCCUUGACUUGGAAAACAUACAGAUCCCAGAUGCUCCCCCACCUAUCCCAAAGGAGCCCAGCAACUACGAUUUUGUUUAUGACUGUAACUGAGGCUGCCACUGAAACUUGCUUCAAAACUGGAAAUAUUAUAACUGGAGAGAUAUUGAAAAAAAAAAAGAAGAGUGUGAGGGAAAAAACCAAACACUUGUGCACCUUGGAUUUUGGCUCUGGGGAGGGGUGUAGAAACACUUGUGUUCCUUCCUGUUCCCUGCAUCCCUUCCUUCCCCAUUCCCAUCUUCCCCAUUGCUCAUCCAAAUCCACAUUGCUUUAAUUAACUUGUAAUUGCAGGCCAUUGGCCUUGCUUAAGGCAAAGACUGCCACUAAGAAGCACCCUCCCGAGGACUUUUUUUACAUUUUUAAUACUGGAAUAGACAUUCUUAACUGAAGGACGAUGUUACCAAACUGCAUGCCUGUGAAAGCCACUUGGCAGGGCAGAGGCUUUAACUGGAAGGAGGAGGGAGGUAGGGAGCAGAAGCAGCUACUGUAAGCAGAAGAUUUCCCCAGACACUCCCAAGAGUCUGCUCACAGCCGAUUCCAAUGCGAUGACGAAAAUCGUUAACUGCUUCCCAGUGCUUGCGCCAUUCGUCACUGUCAUUAUUCUUUCCACUGCCAUCUCGACUCUUGCCACCAGCCUUCACCCAACUGAUCGGCUCCCAGAAUGGAAAGUCUGCAGGGUUUUUGCUGUACCAUACGCUGUAAUGCUGCAACAGCUUUUACCUUCUUUUCCUCCCAGCUCUGAAAUAGCCCCACAUUAGCAAAUCAGUCGCACAAACUGUGUAUGAAGCCACUAGCGUGUCCCAUCCCUGUAGCGCUCCCUAAGCCUCAGUUGCCUCUCAGAUUGGCUUGUUGCUGUUCAAAGUGAUUUUUAUUUUCUUGGUCCAAAGUUCAACAGUAAUUUCCACGAAUUAAUUACAACUGUCAAACAUCCAGGUUUACAUUGUUGUCAUUGCUACAGUGUUAGAGAUUUGCAAGGGAUUUCUUUUGUACGGGUUCUAAUUUUUUAUUUUAUUUUGCCAAACAAAUAUAUUUAAUGAAAACUAAUUUCAUUGUGAGUACUUUGGGGGGACAAUAUUUUUACUUAAUUUCCAUUUGGAUCAUUUGCCCUGAAGGGAAAAAGUAUUAUUUCCUUUCACCUUCACUGUUGAAUAAAAAUCUGAGUUGUGAUGAUU